AUGGAUACAGCAGGAGUCAUCAGUAUAACUAAGCCAACCAUGCGAAGUGGAUAUGAUGAUGAUGAAAAAGAACAAGAAGAUGAUGAAUCAAUGCAAGUCGAGGAUGAGCAGCCGGCUUUUGAACGUUCCGAACAACUGCAAGAAGUUCGAGCAAAUGCCAUAGUCACACCAGGAGAAUUGAUCACGAGCGACCCAGUAUGGAUGAAGGGCCAUGGUACUUAUUUCAUCAACGACAAGACUUACUCCUCGGUAGUGGGUAACAUAUCGCGUGUCAACCGCCUUUUAAGUGUGAAUGCUAUACGCGGGAAAUAUGCACCGGAAACUGGAGAUCAUGUUGUUGGACGCAUCACUGAAGUUGCCAACAAGAGGUGGAAGGUAGAUAUUGGAACCAAACAAGAUGCGAUAUUGAUGUUGGGAAGUGUUAAUUUACCGGGAGGGAUCUUGCGUCGUAAAUCUGAAUCUGAUGAAUUACAAAUGCGGUCGUUUUUAAAAGAGGGUGAUUUGUUAAAUUGUGAAGUACAAACGAUAUUCAAUAACGGUAUUGCAUCGUUGCAUACGAGGUCGCUCAAGUAUGGGAAGUUGAGAAAUGGUAUAUUUUUGAGGAUUCCUAGUUCGUUGGUUGUCAAGUCCAAAAAUCAUAGUUAUGAUUUACCUGGAAAUGUUUCUGUUAUAUUGGGAGUUAAUGGAUAUAUAUGGCUUUCCAAGACGAAAGCUAAACCUUCACAAUCGUCGGCCAUAAAUUCCAGUGGAGUAAAAGUCCAACAGGGAGCUAAGGACUAUACGCCGGGACAAGGUUCGGUGUCAAUCACUAGAUUAGAGGAAGAAAGUUCAUGGGAGAUCUAUAGUGACAAGAACGAGGAUAUUAAUCAGGCAACGAGGAACAAUAUUGCUAGGUAUUACAAUGUGAUUAAAGCGUUGGCAUUUGGGGAAUUGGGUAUAACUGAACAACGAAUCAUAAUGGGAUACGAAGCAAGUUUGGCGUAUUCAAAUGUGGGUAGUUUGAUCGAUAGGGAGUCGAUGGAGCAAUUGUGUAGAGAAGUUUUGACGAGCGAAGAGAUGAGGGGCCAGUAA